UGCCACAGGCUUUGCCCAGGCUCCCCUGCCCCUGCGGGAAGGCUUCUCCUUGGCGGAGCUCCUCUGACAAGGAGUCCAUCCUGACCAUCCUCAAGGUCCUCGGAGAUCUGCUUUCUAUUGGCACAGACCGGAGAAUUCACUACAUGAUCAGCAAGGGUGGCAGUGAGGCUCUUCUGCAGACCCUGGUAGACACAGCGAGGACAGCUCCUCCAGACUAUGACAUCCUCCUGCCUCUUUUCCGGCUGCUGGCCAAAGUUGGCCUAAGAGAUAAAAAGAUCGGACGGAAGGCCCUGGAAUUGGAAGCACUUGAUGUGACAUUGAUUCUGGCCAGGAAGAACCUAUCCCAUGGCCAGAACCUCCUCCACUGUCUCUGGGCUCUGCGUGUGUUUGCCUCCAGUGUCUCCAUGGGAGCCAUGCUGGGAAUUAACGGAGCCAUGGAACUGCUUUUCAAGGUUAUUACUCCUUAUACCCAAAAGCGCACCCAAGCAAUCAGGGCAGCCACUGAAGUUUUGGCAGCAUUGCUGAAAUCCAAGUCGAACAGCCGCAGGGCAGUGAACCGAGGCUACGUCACCAGCCUGCUCGGGCUGCACCAGGACUGGCACAGCCGUGACACAGCCAACACCUACGUGCAGAUCCGACGAGGCUUGCUGCUGUGCCUCAGGCACAUUGCUGCCCUCCGGUCCGGCAGGGAGGCCUUCCUGGCAGCACAGGGCAUGGAGAUCCUCUUCAGCACCACGCAGAACUGCCUGGAUGACAAGAGCAUGGAGCCCGUCAUCUCUGUGGUGCUUCAGAUCCUGAGGCAGUGCUACCCUAAGAGUCCACUUCCCUUGGUUACAGCCAGCAGUGCCUAUGCCUUCCCGGUCCCUGGGCGCAUCACCACUGAACCUCCACAUGAUCUAUCUGAAGAGGAUUUUGAAGAUGAUGGCGAUGAUGAAGUGGACAAAGACUCUGAUACUGAAGAUGGGAAAGUGGAAGAUGAUGACUUGGAAACAGAUGUGAACAAGCUGAGUUCCAAAUCUGGUCUUGACCGACCUGAAGAGGAACUGAUGCAAUAUGAGGCGAUGUGUCUUGAGCUCUCCUAUAGCUUUGAGGAACUGCAGUCCAAACUUGGAGAUGAUUUGAACUCUGAAAAGACUCUGUAUGCCAAUCACCACCACAUUCCGGCCACUGCCUCCUCAAAGCAGCAUUGCUACAACAAGGACCAAAGCUCCUGUGGGCAAGAAAGAGAAGAUGCUGUCCAGACUUCCCUUCUGUGCAUGGUGAAGAUGGGAAGGUCCACUGUGCAUCUAGGCUCCAAAAAAUAUCCUGGAGUGAACCCGUACCAAAAUGUGCAAUCCAAUAGUCUCAGGAGAGAUUCUUCUGAAAGUGAAAUCCCUGAUGUUCAGGCUUCUCUGAAAGCAGAUGCCUGGGACAUAGAUGCAAUUUUCUGCCCAAGGAUGAGUGCCUCCUUUUCUAAUUCCACUAGGACUAGAGAAGCUGUCAAAGUAAUAGAUAAGCUUCUGCAGACACAUCUGAAGCGUGUCCCUUUCCACGAUCCCUAUCUUUAUAUGGCCAAAGCUGGAAGAACCAGCUCUGUGGUGGACUUCAAGAUGAUGGCAUUUCCGGAUGUCUGGGGACACUGUCCUCCUCCCACCACCCAGCCUAUGUUGGAACGCCAAUGUGGAGUCCAAAGGAUCAGGAUAUUUGAGGAUAUUCGGAGGCUCAUCCAGCCAAGUGAUGUUAUAAAUAAAGUUGUCUUCAGUUUAGAUGAGCCUUGGCCUUUGCAAGACAAUGCUUCCAAUUGUUUACGGUUCUUCUCCAAAUUUGAGUCAGGAAAUCUUCGCAAAGCCAUCCAAGUGCGUGAGUUCGAGUAUGACUUGCUGGUCAACGCAGAUGUGAACAGCACCCAGCAUCAGCAGUGGUUCUAUUUCAAAGUGAGUGGUAUGCAGGCGGCCAUCCCUUACCACUUCAACAUCAUCAACUGUGAGAAGCCCAACAGCCAGUUUAAUUAUGGGAUGCAGCCCACCCUGUAUUCUGUGAAGGAGGCUCUUCUUGGCAAACCCACUUGGAUACGGACAGGCUAUGAAAUAUGUUAUUACAAAAAUCAUUAUCACCAGAGUGCAGCUGUUGCAGGCGGAGCAUCUGGGAAGUGCUACUAUACCCUCACCUUUGCUGUCACCUUCCCACACAAUGAGGAUGUCUGCUACCUGGCCUACCACUAUCCCUAUACCUACACAGCCCUCAUGACUCAUCUUGACAUCCUGGAAAAGAGUGUCAACCUCAAAGAGGUCUACUUCCGGCAAGAUGUCCUCUGCCAGACGCUGGGAGGGAAUCCGUGUCCCUUGGUGACCAUCACGGCCAUGCCUGAGUCCAACAGUGAUGAGCAUCUAGAGCAGUUCCGACAUCGUCCAUAUCAGGUGAUCACCGCUCGAGUUCAUCCAGGAGAGAGCAAUGCCAGUUGGGUGAUGAAGGGUACCUUGGAGUUCCUGGUCAGCAGUGAUCCUGUGGCUAGGCUCUUGAGGGAAAACUUCAUCUUCAAGAUCAUACCCAUGCUCAACCCAGAUGGUGUCAUCAACGGCAACCACAGAUGCUCGCUGAGCGGGGAAGAUUUGAACAGACAAUGGCUUUCUCCCAGUGCUCAUCUGCAGCCAACCAUUUACCAUGCCAAAGGCCUCCUCUACCACCUGAGCAGCAUUGGCCGAAGUCCCGUGGUUUUCUGUGACUUCCAUGGCCACUCCCAAAAGAAGAAUGUGUUCCUUUAUGGCUGUAGCAUCAAGGAAACCUUGUGGCAAUCAGCAUGCACUGUGGGCACAUCUACUAUCCUAGAGGAUGUCAACUACAGGACUCUUCCCAAAAUCCUUGAUAAGCUAGCACCAGCAUUCACAAUGAGCAGCUGCAGCUUCCUUGUGGAGAAAUCUCGAGCUUCCACGGCCCGGGUGGCGGUGUGGAGAGAGAUGGGGGUGUCCAGAAGCUACACCAUGGAAAGCAGCUACUGUGGCUGCAACCAGGGCCCUUAUCAGUGUACAUAGAGGCUGUUGGAGAGGUCAAAGAAUGAAAGGGCUCACCCAGUGGAUGGCCUUCAGGGUCUACAGUUUGGUACCAGAGAACUGGAGGAGAUGGGAGCCAUGUUCUGCUUGGGCCUCCUCAUCCUGGAGCUCAAAUCUGCCAGCUGCAGCCAUCAGCUCCUGGCUCGAGCUGCAACUCUGCUGAGUGCUGAGGAGGAGAAUCUGGACCAGCACCUCCAAUGGUGCAGCAGCAGCAGUGGAAGCGUCCCUUCGGAACUGGAGGAUGAACCUGCCUGCAUGGAGGAGAUUGAUUACAGUACAGACAGCAGCUCAGACCAGGAAGGGAGCUUGUCUGAGCUGGACCGGAGGAUCCAGGAGUGUGCCUUCAAUAAGGAUGAGGGAGAAGAAGAAGAGGAGGCACCAGGGCAGGGAGGAGAAGCCAUCCCAUAGCCCCGAGGUUCACAGCAAGUUCUGUGUCUCCAACCAUUGGAUUGGACUAGCAGCUAUGCUGCUGCUGCUUCAUCAUCAGACACGUACAAUGUAUACAUCAGUGCAAAAAGCCAGCCUAUGUGAGCUCAGCAACCCCAUUUCCAGAUUUUGUUCUAGUUUCCCUAUGCAUAGAAGCUAGCCACUUUAUAACAUUUUAUAUGUAGAGUUAGGUAGCCCUUGGGGCCUAUGCAAGCUGCCAUUGUACUUAGAAUGGGACCCAAUGGGUAGCUUCAAGAUUACCAUGGAUCCUUUCAAGAUUGUUCUGAGUUGUUCUCCAUUCCUGUGCUUGAACUGGAGCAAGCUGGAAGUAGAGGAGUUGGGCUUCUUCUUGGAUUCUCAGCCAGAAUUCUAAGUGGUUAUUUAAGUUGUUCCAUAUACAAGUGUUAUCUUCCACUGUUAUCUCCCCACCAUAGCAUUUGAGCUCCCCAGAACAAACCACUGAGACUCUGGGAAUCCUGGCAGGGUCUUCAGGUGCUGGGGCUUGAACAUGAAAAACUGUGCUUCCAAGUAAUUGCAGGUUUCAUCUGUGAUCUUCUCAAGCAGCAUAUAUUUUACAUAUGUGGUACAGGCCAGAAGCUGCACUAGACUCUAAGAAAUAAGACAUGGUCACUGAUCUUCACAGAUUUUAAGAUCCUGUGUAUUCAGACCACCAAACAUAAUGCUAAGAAGUAGCAAGACCUACUGGAAAAUUUAUUCAUUUCAGAAUCAGACAGAUAUGGUUCAUAUGCUAGAUCUGGCAGUUGCUUGUUAUGACAACUUAGGCAAGUAAUUAAAUUUUCCUAAACUUCAGUUUUCUUAUAUAUAAAAUGUGGAUAAGUAUAUCUGUAUCAUAAAGUUAUUGUAGGAUGAAAUGAGAUGAUAUAUAAAAGUAUAUAGCUUAGCAUUUGGUACACAACAACAUUGGCUUAUUUUUCUUCAUAACGCAAAAGAACAUUCUAUAUAAGAAUUCUGACAGUUAAGAAAAAAUUCUCACCAGCCUGGACAACAUGAUGAACCCUGUCUCUACUAAACCCCAUCUCUACAAAAAUUAGCCAGGUGUGGUAGCGCACACCUGUAAUCUCAGCUACUUGGGAGGCUGAGAAAGGAGAAUCUCUUGAACUUGGGAGUUGGAGGUUGCUGUGAGCCGAGAUCGCACCACUGCAUUCCAGCCCAGCAACAGAGCAAGACUCUGUCUCAAGCAACAACAACAACAACAAAAAACCCAGAAUCCAGAAUUCUCUGGAAUCACAUGGUAGGAAAUAGGCCCUCUUACUGGAAGGGAGCUGGGAAGGAGAUUACACAGGAGCAGAAUCUAGGAGGCUGGAAUGACUUAAAACAGGUGAAAAAUGGAGCAAGGCCUUUCAGCAUUCGGAAGGAAGCAGCUUAGUUAUUUGAAUAAUGAAGUGUAUGAGACCUGCGAAGAAAGGAUGAGAAGGGACAACAAAGGCAGUGGUAGAGUGAGAGAUAGAAUAUGCUAGGCCAAACUUAGGCAUUUUUAGAUGUCAUGUGUAUUUCGUUAGGAUUAGGUUUAGCUGCAAGAGAUGGACAACUUAUCAUAGUAGUAGCUUUCAUAAGGCAUAAGUCUAUUUCUCUUUCCUGUGAAAUUUUACACACUGGAAGACCAGUCCUAGUAUCAUGGCUGCCUGGUGUCAGAGACCUGGCUUCUGCAGUUUUCUGGCUCUACUGUGUGUUGCUUCUACUCUUGGUCUAGAAUGGCUGCUGAAGCAUCAGUCAUUGCAUCUGCAUCCCAGGCAGUAGCAAGAAGAACACAAAAAGAAACACCUGUUUUCUAUCUUUCCAAAAGCUAUACAUAAUAUUUCUUCUUAAUUCCAUCAGCUGAAAAAAAAUGGGCCUAUAGCCACAGGAAGCUGCAAGAGAGGUUAGAAAACAUAGUCUUUAUUUGAGGUGGGCCCAGCUAAAAUUUGAAGUUUGAAGUAAAAGUCUGAAUACUAAGGGAAAAGAUAAUAAUACAUAUUGGGGGAUUACAUAUCUGCCAAAAGACUUCUCCUGAUGUUCCAAACACCACCAAGGGAGUUUUGGAUAUAUCAGAAUAAUCUCAGAUGAAACUCAUAGCACACACCUCUUGACCCGCAGAAAGCCACAGAAGAAAACAGGAUUAGCUCCAAGGCAUAGAAGAAAGGCAUCUGUGUUGUGAUUUUGGGAGUUGAUAGCAUUAUUAAUAGUCUCUUAUUUUUUUAACUAUUUUCCAAAUUUCCAUGCUGUAGUUCAGAAAUUGUACGUCCAUUCUUCAUAUUAAGACAUGUAUGUUUAUGUAACAUAUGCAAGAAAUUUGAAGACUAUUAGCACAGAUACUGAAAGUGAAACCCAAACACUAUAUAGCUCUUAACUCCUCCCAUAUUUAAUCUUUCCACUCUUAAAUAAAGGCUAGCAUAAUGAUGCUGAUUUUUCUUUGCUUUGAGGAUUCAAGAAGAUAAUACUGAAAUGUAAUUGCUGAGAGAGGUGGGAAUGAUGCUAGCUUAUCAUUAAUUAUUAUUUCAGCCCAAAUUAGUUUUGGGGUUAGUUUCUGGUCAUGAGGAUGUUUCUGAAAAAAACGUGACUGUGACAGAUAAGUUUUUAUGUGGCAUGUUCAGAAAAAACCAGGAACAUGAAGUAUUUGUUGAAACAUCUAUGUAGCAAAUGUAUAUUUAACCCCUAACUAUGGGUCAUGCACUUUACUAAGCUCUGUGGAUGCAGAUAAGAAAGACCCAUUUUGUGCCCUCAGUAACCAGAC